GGUCCGGGAUGGCACGCUGACUCUCCUCAGGGAUGUGGGCAGGGUGCUGGGCUGGGUGAGUCGUGACAGCAGAAGGUCUGGACCCCCAACUCAGCCCGCUGAGACCCCCACACCACUCCACCUGCAGUCUUCGCCAUGGCAGCCCAGAUUGGAAACGCUAGUUUUGCACCCAACUUCAGUCCGGCUCAAGACCAUACCUCCCCCGUCCCCUUCAAUUUCAGCUACGGUGACUAUGACCUCCCUCUGGACGAGGGUGAGGACAUGACCAAGACCCGGACCUUCUUCGCUGCCAAGAUCGUCAUCGGUGUGGCACUGGCAGGCAUCAUGCUGGUCUGCGGCGUUGGCAACUUCAUCUUUAUUGCUGCGCUUGCCCGCUAUAAGAAGCUUCGCAACCUCACCAACCUGCUCAUCGCCAACCUGGCCAUCUCCGACUUCCUGGUGGCCAUCAUCUGCUGCCCCUUCGAGAUGGACUACUACGUGGUGCGCCAGCUCUCCUGGGAGCAUGGCCACGUGCUCUGUGCCUCUGUCAACUACCUGCGGACCGUCUCACUCUACGUCUCCACCAAUGCCCUGCUGGCCAUCGCUAUCGACAGAUAUCUCGCCAUCGUUCACCCCUUGAAACCACGGAUGAACUAUCAAACGGCCUCCUUCCUGAUCGCUUUGGUCUGGGUGGUGUCCAUCCUCAUCGCCAUCCCGUCGGCCUACUUCACCACGGAGACGGUCCUGUUCAUCGUCAAAAGCCACGAGAAGAUCUUCUGCGGCCAGAUCUGGCCGGUGGACCAGCAGCUCUACUACAAGUCCUACUUCCUGUUCAUCUUCGGCGUGGAGUUCGUGGGCCCCGUGGUGACCAUGACCCUGUGCUAUGCCAGGGUCUCCCGCGAGCUCUGGUUCAAGGCGGUGCCGGGCUUCCAGACUGAGCAGAUCCGGAAGAGGCUGCGCUGCCGCAGGAAGACAGUGCUGGUGCUCAUGUGCAUCCUCACAGCCUACGUGCUAUGCUGGGCGCCCUUCUACGGCUUUACCAUUGUGCGCGACUUCUUCCCCGCCGUAUUCAUCAAGGAGAAGCACUACCUCACGGCCUUCUACGUGGUCGAGUGCAUCGCUAUGAGCAAUAGCAUGAUCAACACCGUGUGCUUCGUGACCGUCAAGAACAACACCAUGAAGUACUUCAAGAGGAUGAUGUGGCUCCACUGGCGGCCUGUGCACCACGGGAGCAAGUCCAGUGCUGACCUGGACCUCAAAACCAGCGGCAUGCCAGCCACGGAAGAGGUGGACUGUAUCAGGCUGAAAUAACCCGCUGGCGUCCGGAAAGCCCAGAAGCCGGAACUCUGCACAUACUCCAUCGGUAGCCAAGUUCAUGCUGGGCUGCCCGGGGAAGGAUAGCUGUGUUCCAUGCCUCACAGCCCUCAAGGGGCAG